CUUACCUGCAACCAUGAGCGCCAACCCUACUUCCCCGCUGUUCGGCCACGACAACUGCGCAGCUAAUACGUAGGUCUUUAUUCGACGACGACGACGACGCGCUCGUUGAAGGUCCACAGCCAUGGUCUUGUCUGACUACCUCGUCACCGACGACCUCACUAUCAUCUUGGGUCUGGUCGCUGCCUGCUUGUUUCUCCUCCACAACCUCUACAAGCCCCAGUCUCUCGUGCAUCCCAUUCUCCUUGGUCGUCAGAGCGAUGCCGCACGCGUCAGGCAUCCUGGAGAGAGCGCCGUCUAUCGAAACUACAGUACUGGAAUGCUCGGGCGUUUCCCCGUGAGGCCUGGCAAAGAUGAGCAAGUGCUCCUGGACCUCGUAAAGCCUGGCUCAGAUGCGCCGCGGACGCUCUGGUCAACCAAAAUUACGAACCCAGAGCUGAGAGACCGGGCUGCGGCGUUCGGUACCGGGCUCAUUUCGGCUGCCAAACUGGUCCCACAGGAGUCAAACGUCCUCUUGUUGCUGAACGAUGGCAUUGAGUUCCUCAUCACCGACCUGGCGUUGGCUUCAUAUUCAAUCCCGUCAUUCGUGGUGUCCUCACUGUCGCUGCUGUCACCUGUCCUGGAGAACCACCCACCCUCAGUGGUUGUGACGGAUGUAACAUUGCUGCCACAUUUGCUGGAGACACUGUACGACUCUCACGACAGUGCUCAUCCUACCAUCGUCGUGGUCGGCGAAGUGGAUGCCAAGAACCUCCGCUCGGCUCAGCAUGUCCAGCUACUGAAUUGGGAGGACGUCCAGAGUGUUGGCUCUGCACAAGCGAAGUUGCCAUUCGCGACUCAAAACCCACGAGAUGUCGUCACGGUUGCAUUCCACGCCAAUGCACUUGGAGAACUUGAGGGCACACAACUUACACACGAAAAUCUGACUGCAGGUGUGGCAGCGACGCGCAAUCUGCUACCUCUGUCCAGUGCGAUCUCAUCGCUCGACACUAUUAUCUCCGCAUUCUCUCUGUCUACACCGUACGGCCGCGCUGUCGCGUACACUGCUAUCUACGAGGGCACUAGCUUUGCCACUCUAGACAGCACGCGACUCAUUACAGGCCCACCGACCACACCCCUUGACGCGCCGUACUCACCCGCCAGUCUGCUGGCCGACCUGCGCUCUGUAACGAACUACCCGAUCCCGUCGCCUACUGUCUUGUUCGUGACGCCCGCGCACCUGAACGCACUUUCCUCUGCCGUGAUUGAACAAGCGCGCAAGUCGUCGUUCCUGUACUCCUUCGCAUGGCGCCACAAGUAUGCGUCGCUGCUCGAAGGGUUUUUGACGCGCCAGAGCCUCUGGGACCGCCUUGUGUUCGAUGCGGCGCGUGUCAAGGUGCUCGGGAAAAUAGCGGGGACCAUCCGCGCUGCGGUCAGUGCUGGAGGCCCCAUUGAGUCGCAGUCACUUGUCCCCAUGCGCAUCGCGCUCUCCGUACCGAUCGUCAACGCGCACGUCCACCCACUCGUCGCCGGCCCCGUCUUUGCGUCCCACCCGCUCGACCUGCAGACGUUCCCGGCGCAAGAGGCGGAGACAAAGGCCUCCGCAGCGGACUCUUUCGCGUUCACGUACCUCGCCGCGGUCGGCCCUCCCUCCGUGAACGUUGAGGUGAAGCUGCUCGGCGUUGACGACUCGGCCAUCGAGAACGGCGGAGACCCCUUGGGGGCGCUGCAUAUCCGCGGCCCGAGUGUGGGCAAGCUGGUGCGCCGCCAAGAUGCUGAAGUUGUUGAGGAAGGCGAUUGGUGGGUGCCUAUCGGCCAGAGGGCGAGAGUGGUGCCCAAUGGCACGUUCAAAGUGGUCGCGAUGACCUUGAAGUAGGUGCGCUCAUCUCGAUGACAUACUGUAUCGACCUGUAUCGGCUUCCUUGUAUGUAGUAAGUACAAACCCUCUGAAAGCUGUUAGAUCGUGAUUCUUGCGGGACGAUAUAUCUCAAUGCUACAUAGUUUCACGCUGUGUGGAUCUGCUGUUUAGAUGAGAGCAUCUCUUUUUGGUCAGCAACGGAGACUAGUUUAGAUCCCA